AUGCGAUUAACUGAGAUUAAUCAGCGCUGCCACGACUACUCGUCGGGAGUGUGGCAGUUCGAGGCGUACGGGUACGUGCCGUCGGGCACGUCGGGCGCGUGCGUGAUGCAGAUCCACAACGAGGACGGCGGCGCACGCGCUACGGCGAUGAUGCUGCACGUGUACAACGGCACGCUGCGGUACUACAGCGGGGAGGCCGUGGAGGACUGCAUCUACGAUCGGUGGUUCCGGCUCAACGUGGUCCACGACUUGGGCGCGUCGACGGUGGCCGUGUACGUCGACGGCGUGUCGAGGCUGGCCGUCGCCGUGAGGCCGAGCCUGUUGCACUACUUCAAGUUCGGGGUGUACAUGCAGGGCCACGACCAGUCGGAGCGCAUGGAGUCACGGUGGCGGAACGUGUCCGUCUACACCAAGCCCCCCUCGCCGUACUGAAAUUGUACAAGAUGUCAAGAUCUCCAGCAGAUGGGAUACACCAUCUGAAUUAGAGUUACCAUUUCAGUCUGGUAUGAUGUCCCGGCCGGCAGAGCAGAGACGAAUCUUUUGGACGGUGACGAUCGGUGUGUGUGUGUGUGUGUGUGUGUGUGUGUGUGUGUGUGUGUGUGUGUGUGUGUGUGUGUGUGUUGGGCUCAAACUGACGACGCUCCCGGCCGGUCCUGUAUGUGUAAAUCCAAUGCGGUCUUGGAAGCGCAAACCCCUGCCUGGCGUGAGACGUUCCGUUGUCCCGCGUCUCUGCCGGACGCGCGCUGGAUGCACCGGCGCCCAUUCCAGCGCGCCCAUACACGGCGCUCCGCCGCAUGCCAUGGCAUGGCCACGCACCUACGGACGCCCGUGUGCGUCCGCGACUUGUACGCCCGUGCCAAGAGCCAACCUUGUUUCCUGGUUGUAGCAGCAGGGUUUGGUCAGUUGCAGCCGCACAGAAGUGAUAACUCAUCAGCGAUCAGGAACUCACU